AUGGCGGCGCGACAGAACUCAAAUACCAGCCCCAACGACUUCGACAUCUCUAUUGAAGAAAUCAUCUUCAGCUGUGGCAUCUGCCAAGCGACAGUCUCUGAGAUCUACGCCGACAAGGACAAAGUACAUGCGCUCUCCAGCUCCGGAGAUGAGAGCGCCAUCAUCCCGAAGCUCUGGAUAGCGGAUUGCUCACAUGUCUUUUGCGGCAAGCAUUUGGAGGGCGGUGGUGCUCCAUUCCACAGCAAGCAUGAGCCUCCGAAGGCAGCAUGUCCGAUAUGCGUGAGCGAGCGAAAGCCCGGGCACGAGGAGAAACGAAGUCUCUACGCCAUCCGAGGUCUCGGCAAAGGCGAAUACGAUGAGACGGUGCCUGACAGCUAUCUGCGUGUACCGCCGAUGAAGCUGGACUCAAGCGAUCCUGCUUUGGAUGCCAUGCGGUUUCAGUACAGCCAUCUCGUCCGCUAUGCGAAGAUGGUUACCAAAUCCUGGAAGGUCGCAGAGAAGAAACGCCACGCAAUGGAGCACACUCUAUCGAAGGAACGGAAACAGUGGCGGACGCAAGACGCAGAAUUGAACAAACGAAUCGCGGACUUGGAGCAGAAGGAGACGAGACUGAACGGUUGGGAGCAGCGAAAGGCAAUGAUUGAUCACUAUAUGAAGAUGGUGACGAAGAUGUCUGAGGAUAUCGCAGUCAUGCGAGGGCAGUUGCUCGAGCUUGGAUAUCAAGUCCCAGAUGCUCAGUACGCCUUUUAUCAGAACGACAACAACCUGAAGCACGCUCCCCAGCCAGCCAAACAGAAGACCAGAUCCGCCACCCUGGCUGCUUCAUCCUCCUCGUGCAAGCGCAAGCAUCCUACCGUACACGGCGAUUACGCAGAUGAAGAGGUCGACCACGACAAGGAGAAUCAUGCUCGACUACAGAGAAACGACAGUCGUGAACUCAUGCCGCCUCCACUUCACAAAAGCCGGCCAGCUCAGCCACCGCCUAUGCCUAAUCGUCGACCCGAGCAGACACAACCUCGCCGACAUCAAUCCUCGCAACUACCGGUACAGGUUUACGAAGACGGCCGUUGGCAUGGUACUCAGGCAGACGUCACGAUGGCAGAUGAGUACGAGGCUCACCCAUCCACAAAUGCUCACCGCGGAGAGUACCAUGACCACCGCGCCUUACCGCUGAGAGUGACCCAAGCUCCUCCUCGCGUCAGAGGCUUUGAGCGUGCAGCACCAUCUCAGGACCCUCGUCGUGGCUUUCUCGAUCGCCACGAUCCUUCAGGACCUGCACAGAAAACCCCACCCGACUUGAUGUCUGUGCCUGCGCGUCGAACCAAUGACCAGAUCUACGACAUACUGCAAGUCGAGACAGAUCGCUUCCCGCCGCCUGAGACCCACGCUUCACAGAUUUCCAACUUCAGCAACAUAUAUUUCGAAAGCGGCAGAGGGCCGCAGCAGCAUAUGCGGCAGGCAUACAGCCCUUCCAACGAUCCAUCUGUACCACGCCCUCGACCCAUUGCACGCCAGAGCCAGAUUCUGAGCACGCCCUCCCUGCGCAAACCGCUUGAGCCGGUGGCUGGCCCUGCGGCAAGUCCGUUCUUCGCCAGUCGAGGACUGCAACAGAGAUCAGACGCAAUUCAACGCUCUCUCGCUCUAGGUUCGAUCGUGCAAAAGCCAUAUCCCCCGCCUACGAGAGAAGGUACCAUGGGCAGGCCAGUCCUAUCAACGCCUCGAGCUCCGAUCCAGCCUUCCUACCAAAGCAGGGAAAUGCCGCCCCCUUCAGCGUUUGGGUCUCAGGCCCACAUGCGCUCCAGCUUGCCUCGAGGCCACCACCAAUACGCCGCGCCAUCCCAACUUGGUCCAGCCUCGAGCUCUCAAGCACAUUCAUUCUCAGAAAGAGUCUACCAGCGUCAUGACAUGACACCACUUCAGCCGCCAAGGCAGCCCAUGGAAGACGUUCAGCAUGGCAGACUCACUUUGCCGCCGAGCAGGUCGCGAGCGGUACCCAUAGCUUCACAAGAUUCACAACUGUCCAUGAUCCCAGGUGCUCGCGGUGCCGCACCAUCGCACAACAUUCAUGCCCGCCAAGACUUUGCGUCCACCAACGACCGUUUACGUUAUGGACCUUCGUUUGCCGGUGCGAGGAGACCCGUUCAGCGACGAUGA